GGACCAAGAUUAUGUUUGUGCGUUCAUGUUGAUGUGUUGUGUUGGUUGUGUGUUAUGUGGUUCAAUUACAAAUAGCAGAAAUAUGACAAGUGUCAGUUUGUUACCAGUUUUUCAUAAUUUGUAAACACUAAUUAAUUUGUUACUGAAUCAUACAAAUUUAAUCUAUCAUAAUGGAUUCAACGAAAUUAGAAAUGUUUGACGAUGUUGGGGGAUAUGUGGAAGGAGAAAUGACUGUUCCACAAAAUCAAAAUACAGCGAAAAUUGGAGAUCCUGAAUUUAACACCUUGGAUGAACCUAUUAGAGACACUAUAAUUCGAGACUUAAAAGCUGUCGGAAUCAAAUUCGCCCAUGUACUAUUUCCAAAAGAAAAGAAAACUUUGCUAAAGGAGUGGGAUUUAUGGGGUCCUCUCUUAUUAUGCACUUUUAUGGCUAUGGUUUUACAAGGGUCUAGUGCAGCAGAUGAUUCAAAUGAUGGUGGGCCAGAGUUUGCUCAAGUAUUUGUCAUUGUCUGGAUAGGAGCUAUGAUUGUUACCUUAAAUUCAAAAUUACUAGGAGGCAAUAUAUCAUUCUUCCAAAGCGUAUGCGUGCUAGGUUACUGCCUUUUGCCAACAACAAUAUCUUUAAUAAUUUGCAGAGUGAUUUUAUUAGCGAAACAAACAUACCCGCUGUUCUUUCUUCGGUUCGCUAUCUCUAUGGUUGGUUUUCUCUGGGCGACUUACGCUUCCAUGAUAUUCCUAGGAGAUAGUCAGAAACCAGGAAGGAAAUUGUUAGCAGUAUAUCCAAUCGGAUUAUUUUAUUUCAUAAUAUCAUGGCUGGUAAUAUCGCACACAAAUACAUAAACUGUAUUAUUAGUUAGGUACCUCUGUAUAUAAGGUUUAUACUGCUACAUUCGGUAUUCCUACCAAUGACUUUUUUCAUUAUUUAUAUGUUUUUAUGUAUAAGCAUGUAUAUGUAACUUAAGUUAAAUA